CCACGGUGAUGACACACCUGCCCAGCAGCACAGUCCGUGACCACAUGAAAUGGGCGGGAUUGCUUGGCUGUGAGGCUGUGUUAUCCAGUAUGGCUCUGAUGCAGGCCGGCUCCAUGGCCGGGCAGAAGAAGAUGAUGUCACCGCUGGGGCCGGGCCAGAGGGAGAGCCCGGAGCAUGCCCCGCAGAGUCACAUGGUGCUGCCGUCCGGGGUCAGCUGCCCACCGCUGCUGAUCCGAAAGGAGGGAGAGUUCCACUCGUCCCGGCUGCUGGACGAGAAGGAGAUGCGGGAGAGCGUGGACCAGCAGCUAAAAAAGAAGAACAGGAAGUCAGGCGCACCCUGCAAAGUGAGAGAACAGGGGAGUCAGAGCGAAAGAGAGGGCGAACGAGUGGUGGUGGUGGAUGAGAAUGGCGAGUGUCCGCUGAAAGUGCAGAAGAACUUCAUCUGCGAGCACUGCUACGGUGCCUUCCGCAGCAGCUACCACCUGAAGAGGCACAUCCUCAUUCACACAGGGGAGAAGCCAUUCGGCUGUGAUGUGUGCGACAUGCGGUUUAUUCAGCGUUAUCACCUGGAGAGACACAAGCGAGUGCACAGUGGAGAGAAACCCUAUCAGUGUGAGCGCUGCCAGCAGAACUUCUCUCGGACAGAUCGGCUGCUUCGCCACCGGCGGCUCUGUCAAGUGGGCACUGUGGGCGGAGUCACCAAGACAGAGAGCCAGUCCUGCCGUGAGGGCACGCGGCCGUACUCCCAGGGGCCUGCGCCGGCCACUGCUUCCUGGAGCCCUUUGCAGCCAGCCCCCAGCCGUCUGACCGUCUGACCGAGCCCCCUUCCCUCUCCCCACCACCAUCCUGGAGAAACACAAUGAGCAGCAGCACCAGCAGUAGGCAGCCCACAGCUCAGCGCUGCCACACGCUGGAACAGACUGAUACUGCAGCUCAGCUACAGAAGUGUGUGUGUAAGAGAGACAAAGGUUUUUUUUAUUUUAACCAGCUCAUUUCCUGAGAUAGAUGGUGGGUUAUUUUGUACUUAUUUUUAUCUGAUUAUUGCAAAUGUUCUGUCUUUAUUGUUGAAAUUAAUUUUAUGUGCUCUCAAUGGUACCGAAAAGAUGGAGGUGGGGGCAACAACGUUGAGAUAACUGGGGGGGGGGGGGUUAUUUGUCAUUAUGCUUUGGCAAUACUAACCAUUCAUUUAUAAAGAGGUGGAAACACAGUUUCAGUUGAAAAGUUGAUGGGGCAAAAACUUAAUUAUCAAACUCUUGUAAUGAGGGAGUCUCAGCAGAUCAUGGCACAAUAAGAAUGGGGUUGCGUAUAAAAAAGAUAAAAAGCUUUUUGGAGUUUUUCAGUGGAAACUACAUGAAUGUUUUGGCCAAGGUUCAAUCUAAAUGGAGUGCUUUUCAUCCCAAGCUUUUGGUAACAUGUUUUAAACAAUUUUUAUGUUUUUAUUUUCUCACACAUUUUUCAAUAAUUUCAGCAGUAGGCAGACAUGUUGUGUACUGAAACUCUUAUUAAAGUUAUAUUGCAGUUAGAUUGAAGAUAUUGCGGUUAGAUUGAAUCUUGGCUUUAAUAGGAUAUCCAUGUUUGGUCCUGAUGAAUGCCCCAGAAUAUGGCACAAGCUGUGUGCCAUAUUCUGGGGGUGUAUGCUACUCGAUGUAUUUACAGAAACGUGCUCAUGAUAGGAGGAAAUUAUCCCAGACCCCUUCCAUGGCCUUCCGACACAUUUUUUUGACAUUUGACAUUGUGCGACAUAGAAAUCUGAAUGUGAUACCAGUCUGGUGAUUUUUUUUCCCUGAAAGUACAAGCCUGUGCAAGCCUUUAUUGGGUGCGUCAGGAAUUCCCACGCAUCCAUGGACUGUGACAUCACAAUGGAAGUGGUGAAAUUUUUAGUUUGUGCCAGAUGCUGUAGCUUUUGCUGACUGGGUUUCCACGCACCAGAGGUUGUCAUUGGCACUUUUCCGUGAAACCACAGCAGCUGUAGUGAGGUUUCUCAUGUGAACGGCCAAAGGGGUCCUUUCUGUACCUGCACAUCUCAGCAAGCAAUCAUGUCCAGGCUUGCUCCUGCCUGUUGUGCUUUCAGCCUGGCUGCUAAUGCAUCUGCAGCGUCUGUUGGCAUCGUCCUUGGGUUUUAUGGAGAUGUAGUAAAAUGUGUCUUACCUGUUUAUGUGGUCCGCUCGCUGGCAGAUUAACCAUGUUGUCAUUGAUUAGGGAUGGUCCACUGCAGUCUCUGGGGCUUGACGUGUUUUCGCCAAGGAAACAAUGCUUUGGCUUUGCCACAUUAUGGUGUGGCCACACCGAGGCACACAGGGGGAGCCGUGGUUGGAACACAAAAUUGUAACGCUCUUAAAUGUGUUGUUUCAGUAUCUGAUUAAAGAAAAACAGUGUGAAAGCUAUGGUCUGGACAGUCCACCACCAGUGUGAAGGUGAGGGCAUUUCAGUAGGAUGGAGGCAGAAGGCAAGGAGCCCAAUAUGUCUGCCCCGUUCCCGCUGCCUUGCCGCAGUCCUGUCCUCUUGUCACAAGGACCUUUUUUCUAAUAUAUUCUUAAAACACUGGAACGAUAAACUGAUUAAAGAUGUAUCAUUUUUUAGAACAGUUCUUAUUCUUGGUGUUUUUAAGCGGGGGGAAGACAGAACAGUUUAUUUUAUUUUUUUUAUAUAAAAAAUAACGUGACCAGUAGUUACUCGGAUCAGUGUUGUAUAGAGAGCCCAGGUUGUUCAGUAAUUUAAAGACUUUUAGGGGCCUUUAGUACCUCAGAAUAUAGCAGUCUUUUUUUUACCGCAGAAUUUAAUUUAAUACUUUCUCCUUUUUAAGUGAAUGAACUGUAGGAUUAGAAGGAAAGCUACUGCGAGUGCCUGUCUAGUGUAGCCAAGACAGUUUUAUUUUUCCCUUUUUUUAUUAUUUGUCUUUGCAUGCAGUUGUGGUCCUCACAGUUUGUUGAUGAAAGGGAUCUUAUAUGAAUCAUUGUUCUGGGUAAAAAAAAAAAAAAAAAGUUGCUUCCAUCAAAAAGAAAACAUUACAAUUGUUAUUUAAUAAAUGCAAAAUAAUAUGUACCCUCAUGAUCCAGAUAGUCGCAUAGUACUUAGUAAAGAG